GAAAAUGUCAAAAGAUUUAAAUGAUUACGAAUUAGAAUAUAGAUCAACAAUACAGCCUAGAGCUACACAUACAACACAAAGUAGACAAUCAACAACAACAACUUCUGGUGGAGGCGGGGGAGGAGCGCAGAAUUACUUCUCUUGUCUAUUUCUUCAUUAUUUUUACUUUAAAUAUUCUUCUCCUUCUUCUUUUUCUAUUUAAUCAACACAAAAUUCCUUUCCAAUCAGCUGCACACCCACAAACCUCCAUCAAGUUUUCUUCUUCUUUAAUUUUAAUUAGUCGUCUUCUUAUCAU